AUGAAUGUGGUGGAAUAUUAUUGUGUGGUAAACAAUGACGAAUGUAACAAUCAAGCCAAGACAAAUGCUACAACACUCGUACAAAACAAUGUGGAUACCACCCUGACCACAGCACCCAGUCCUCAGACCCAGACCACCAGCCAGACGGCCCCAACACCCACACCCAGCGCUCAGACCCAGACCACCAGCCAGACGACCGCAACACCCACACCCAGCGCUCAGACCCAGACCACCAGCCAGACGACCGCAACACCCACACCCAGCGCUCAGACCCAGACCACCAGCCAGACGACCGCAACACCCACACCCAGCGCUCAGACCCAGACCACCAGCCAGACGACCGCAACACCCACACCCAGCGCUCAGACCCAGACCACCAGCCAGACGACCGCAAAACCCACACCCAGCGCUCAGACCCAGACCACCAGCCAGACGACCGCAACACCCACACCCAGCGCUCAGACCCAGACCACCAGCCAGACGACCGCAACACCCACACCCAGCGCUCAGACCCAGACCACCAGCCAGACGACCGCAACACCCACACCUAGCGCUCAGACCCAGACCAUCAGCCAGAUGACCGCAACACCCACAACACCUAGCGCUCAGACCCAGACCAUCAGCCAGACCCCAGCACCCACUCCUGAAAGUCCUUGUAUGAAGAAGAACUGCGGAGGUGAUUCCUCUUGUAUAGAACUGAACUCUGAAGCUUACUGCCAGUGUUCAGAAGGCUAUUACUAUAACGAGUCAAUGUGUUAUGAAGGAAAAACAUUCCUUGGGACAAUUACAGUGCAAACAGAACUAUCAGGCCUAGAUGACAAAAAGUCUCAAAACUAUCAGAAUUUAUAUUUUUCUGUACAACGUUUCUUUGAAGCUGCAUUUUCCGAAAACAAUACAUAUGGACAAACAAUAAUUCUUGACCUACAGACAUUUGGAACAACCAGAUCUGUAGUUCGCAGCCGAGGCCAAGCUGCUGUAACAGUCACAAACAUAUUUGAAAAAAAUUCAGAAGUAAAUGAGGCUGACGUUACCAAAGCCAUUGAGGAACAGCUGAAGAUUAAUGAUACGUUUUUUUAUGAGACAAAGAAUACGUGUGACCUGACUGGUUGCCUCAGUGAUUGCACAAAUGGUUUACAAUGUCCAUGCCAACAAGACCUGGCAAGACCAGCAUCCAAUCCUUCUUCUUUCUGCUCAGUUUGUUCCUCCACUUGUAAUAAAGAAAGCCAUCAGCAAUGUAUUAAGGAUCCCAGCGCUCUACUUCCAAAAUGCCAGUGCCUGCCAGGCUACAUCAGGAAGGGCAACGGCAAAUGUCAGGAGUGCGAUUUUGGAUAUGGUGGGGUAGACUGCAAGGACAACUAUCUGCUGGUCCUCACCGUGGUGUGUUCUGUUGGUGGGGCCAUCCUCCUGGGCACAAUCAUCGCGCUGAUUGUAAUCAGUUCAAAGAAGAAGAAGAAGAGCAGUGAAGAAGACAGUCUGAUUAGUAGCGACUCCGCCAAUAUGAGGAUGGGGACUCUAGGAUUCAGCAACCUAGGAGCCUCCAAUGGGAGCCUCUUCCCCAAGGUCACUGCUACUCAAUAUGGCAGCAACCAAAGCAAUGGGAGAAGCAAUCCUUAUGAGGACCACUUUUCCCCAAGAUCCGUGCCUGCAAGAGAUUAUUAGGCUAAUAAAAACCAGAAGCCGACCACCACUCAGCAGUGAACUGUGGCCCAGAUUUUGAGUUCUAGAACUGACUUUCCAACUGACAUCCAGUAGAAGAAGAGACUCCACAUGAAGAGGCUGGACGUGGAGCUUGUCUUCUCUGAGAUGUCUAACAACUGGUUGAAAUUGACUAUUGUCUAUUUACUAAAAAGGCAGAUGCCAUUCAGAGUGUCAUAAGGCUAUCGUUGUGGCUAUUUUUGAACCAGUAUAAAGUAGGGACUCAGUCAGAGCCUAUUAAGGUAUCCCUCAUGCGGACACUCCAGAAAUGAGAGUCUGCUGCCUACCAUCAUUCCCUUCCCACUUGGGACACAUGGCGAGGCUCUCUUUGGUGAGAGGGAAGCUCUUGGGAGUCUUAGACUUCACAGAGCCUUCAGUCUUGUCUCAGGAGAGUUGUACAGCCAUGGGAGGCCAGGAGAAGGCAUAGCACCUACCACCCAGCGUUGUUAGGAGGGGAUAUUUGUAAAGCACUAUCAUUAUUCCAAUUAGGUCUUGGCACUCUAAAAUCAUAGUUGUUCAGCUGAGUGCCUGGGGGUGGAUUUGGGCACUGGACCAUCCUAAGAUCAACUCCAGGCAGUGGAACCCCUUCACCUCAGCCCAUCUCCUCUCAAUCCCUUUAAGCUAAUUUAAAUAUAUGGGACUUAACUGGAGCCUUGACACGAAUAGAGAUAGUCAAACUCAACAAAAUCUUUAUUUAAAGUUUUUAUUUUGUUAUUUUUGAUUAGACCUUGUUCUGAUCAUACUGUUUUUGUUUUGUAUUAUGUUGAGCAGACUUGUUCUGGGCUCCCAGCCUGGGGUAUACAUGCUCCCACGGGGCGUAGAAGUUUGCCAAGUAGAAUCUAGGCCACGUGAUAAGUUAUAAUCCUACAGAAUUUAAUCUUUUUUAUUUUAUUUAUCCAUAUGUGCUUGGUGGAUUCUAGAAUUGAUUUCCUUUCGUAUUGAAUAAGGCAUUUGGGAAAGUUUUUUCUUAUGUAUACAUAUGUGUGUGUGUGUGUGUGUGUGUGUGUGUGUGUGUAUGUGUGUGUUAAACUCUAAGCUUUAUUUCCUUUCAUAUUGAAAAGAGGAUCCAGAAAGACUUACUGAAAAAUCAAGGUGUAAGGGGACCAAAAAUAAAUGGACAACUCCUUUUCUAGGCUGUUAUCUGGGCCCCGGAAUAUAAUAAAAUAUCUUUAUACAGAGCA